AUGAGCGACGAUAAGAAUGUCACCACCGAUCUUGAACAACCAUCUCUAAUUGAGGUCCCUGCUUCGAUGUCAGAGGUGUCGUUGAGCCAAAAGGAGGAAAACCCCCAAGGGAGCAUCGAAUCCUCUAAACCGAAGGUUGGAUUCAGUCUCGAAGACAUGCAAAUGGUACCGCCAGCUCCUGAACGUACAAUGAACAAACCAGCAGAGGAAGAAUUCAAAAAAGUGGGCCACCAGAUUGAUGAAGUAUUUGCUUCACCUCCCUUACCACCGAGGGGCAACAUGCAGCCUCCACUGCUACCCGCGAGAGGGAAAUCAACGACGGAACCGAUCCCUGAAACAUUGAUGGAGUGGAGACUGUCCGAGAAUAUCAUGGCUUUAAAGAAUGAUAAUAAAUGUCUGAAAGAUGACACUGUGUCCGAACCAGAGCAAAACACUGAUAUAUGGACGUCUUUAGCGAGCCAUCCGCAAUACACAAUAAAAAAUCGUUCCAAGGAGAUAUACGAUAAGCUCAUUAUAGAUGGUGGGAUCCCUAGUGGAUCGAGGAAAGAUGUUUGGUCAUCGAUCACUUUCCAAAGCUUGCAUCGUUGGGAUGAGGUGUUCCGUACACUGGCGACAAAACCAAUGGGGAGUGAUUCCGAUGAGUCGAUGCUAAAAUCUUUGAAAGACGACGAAAAUGCAGAUGCCGGAGAUGUGGAUCCACUUCAUCGUGUUUUGAAGAGCUAUCUGAACCUGGAUUCUAACCUGAAAUUUAGCACGGAACUCCUACAAUUGGUUAUUUGCAUCUAUAAGGGUUGUGACCGGGAUGAAUUGCUUACGUUUGGGGUUCUGACCACCGUUUUGCGGUAUUACAAUAUAAGGAGUUACUACACUGAUGAGGACAGUGUUACUCACGACGACAAUUGGAAACCAACUUUCUACCUCUUUGAUCGGAUCUUUGAGGAGACUGACUUUGAGUUGUAUUCGCAUUUCAUUCAAGAGGGUAUCCGUUCCAAGAAUUUUUACCAGGAUUGGAUACUGUCCCUGGCCACCUGCAAGACACUGCACACGGUCGGGUUACUGCCCCUGUUGGAUCUGUUGCUCCUGGAGGGCCCUGAAAUACUUUUCUCUGUGAACAUCGCUGCGCUAGUUGCUAACAAGCUCCGUUUCAUGUCUUUGAAGUUCGAUGACCUAUUGGUCCUGCUGAAGGACACGGACGAGCUACUUUCCGUGUUUGGUAAAGAUGCUGGGUUCCAGAUCCCUGAGCUGUUGCAAGCUGUACAGGGGAUUAGGGCACUGAAUCCAGCGAACGUGGUGAAGUUCAGUGAGGAGUACAAGGAGGUUUACUCGAGUGAGUAUGCCAUGCGGGAGGAGAUGAGCCGCAUUCGGCAGCGGAACCAGGAGCUGACGAAGCAAGUGCGCACGUUGGAGCGUGACUACUCUUCUUUGAACCGCGAGCAUGUGAACAUUGCUAAUGAGCUUUUGCAGAAUCAGUUGAAGAUUGCCGCUGUGAAGAAGGAAAAUUUUGGACUGCAGACGCGAUCGAUGGAGUUGAACCAUGAGAUCAGCAGGGGUCAGCGGGAGUUAGACGAGAAGAACGCGGUCACUGUGCCCUUUGAGAUCAAGAAGGACCUUGAUGAGACGAUGGACAAGAACGCGAGAGUGAUGCAGAAGAACCUGUCCCUACAGGACCGGAUCAGCCAGUUGGAGAGUGUAGUGUCUCAAUUGACGGAGGCGAAUGAGAAGCAGGAGUACGUUGAGAUCACGGGGGACUUUGUAACGCAGGGGAGCAAGUUGCCUGGCCAGGUCUUGGGCAGUGGUUGGAACGGGUUGAAGAAAGUGUUCAAAUAG